AUGGAAGUGGCAGGCGUUAGCGCUCGUCCGUGCGUUGUAGACGAUGGCGGCAACAACGACGAGGACUGCGCUCAUUCGCUGACUUCGCUUUCUUCCACCUCGACGACAAGCGACGGCAGCGCCUCAACGACCCCCUCCCGUUGUUCGCCUCCCGCAUCACCAACUUCUUCUUCGUCCUCGUCGAGCAUCUUCUCACAGCUGCGGCGAGUCGCAAUGGAUGACGGUGCUGACGAGACGGCGGAGGAGCUGCCGCUGCUGUGGGCCGCCGUGGCGGAGUCCGCCGCCGCGUCACCCUCAGGCGAGACGACGCCCACCAACGAUCGCACUGCUGCUACGCGCACGGACGCCGCGUUGCACGCGCGAUUUGUGUCGGAGGUGACGGCGCUGCUGUGGGGCGCCGACUACCCCCGCUGGAUGGAGGAGUUGUGGACGCGGCACGCAGACGCCGAGGCGGACGAAGAGGAGCAAGAAGACGAGGAGGAGGAGGAGGAAGGCAGCGGUGGUGGUGGCGGUCGCGUUCGUGGAGGUGGAGUCACACCGCAGAUGCCGCCGUCCGUGAACCACGGCGGACCUGCAGCGUUCGAGGCGGUGACAUCCGCGCAGGCGAACACAGCCGGCGGUGCAGAAGCGGUAGAUGGAGAGGAGUCACCACCAUCACCGGCAGACCUGUCCGUCGAAAUGCAGCAGGCGCUGGAGGCCCUUCACCUCUCCCUGCCACUUCGGGAGCCGCCAACGUCGGAAAGCAGAAGUGGCGACCCGCUGCUUUCGGGGCUGGCGUCAUCGUCGGCACUACGCCGCCACCGCACGACGCGGGCCGUGCAGGGCACUGAAGAAGAGGAAGGCAGCGCGGUGGAGGUGCUGGCGCGGCACCUUAUGCAGGACGCGCCGCUGCUGUGGCUGCGCCAUCUGCUGGUACCGAUGUACACCCAAUGGACGCAGCUGCGCAUGCACGCGCUGAACAACAACAGCAACGAUGCCGUCUACGCCGCCGCCAGUGCAGGGCCAAUGCCUCCUCCUCCUCCAUCAGCCCCGUCAUCGUCAUUUCCCACUGCGUCGCCUCAGUGGGUGGAGGGGGCACUAACAAUGCACCACCUCUUGCAGCGCCUCUGCACGUGCGGCAUGCGGGAAGCGCUGCGUAAGGAGGCGUCGUUUGCGGAGGAGGCGCUUCAUCAGGUGCGCCAGCUGCCGGUGGCGGAAGGGGGGAGCGAUAGGCGUCAUGACCACCGCAGCAACCUCAAAAAGGAAGGACCUGCUGCGGUUUCGUCCCCGUCCGCCUCCUCGUUGUCUUCCGCUGACGCGGCGGCGGAGCUGAAAGCAGAAGCGGCGCGCACAGCACUCCGCAAGGUGCAGCGCCGUCAGCGGCGGCACAUCAGCGAGUUGCUGUGCUUCUCCGGCACGCUGGCCCGAGCAGCGCAGUCGUUCACGGUGCUCAGUGGCGGCGGCUUUACGCUGCUGACGGUGUUCGUGCUUCGGCUGUUGGGUCACGCACGCGCGGCGUGGGCGGAGUGGGCGCGCACGCGGACGGCUGCAGAGCUGGGCAGCGACGGGCCGCUGCGUUCGAUGCUAACACGCAGCGCCGUUGUCGUGGAGGCUCCUGUGUCUGAGACACCUCGGCGUGAUGUGCAUCCGGGGAGAGAAGCCGCGGGGGAGGAGGAGGAGGACGAAGGCUCACAAGAAAGCCAGCAGCCUUCACGCAAGCGGCCUCGCGCAGAGCCGUGGACAACGCAGCAGCCCAGAGAGGACGUCGAUGUGCCCGCCGUCGCCGACACCCUCGCAGCGCUGCGUCUUGUCAUCACUGCGGCAGCGCGGCAGUACGCCGUGCAGCUGUGGCGGUGCUGGUCGGUGUUGUUCGGCUUCUACAGCGGUGGCCUCUACACGAACGACGCCGUGGCCGACGCGCUGGAGGCGGAGGCGCUCGAGGCGGCCGGCGUGCGUCGCAUGAGCGCGGCGCAGCAGGCGCAGUGGCGAAAGGCGCGCCGCACCGCACGUCUUAAGCUGCACGCUCUGUCUGAAACCCAUUGGCUGUGGUGCCAGAGCAGCACCGCCUACGUGGCGGCGGCCAUGACAGACGUCCUGCGCGCGGAGGCGAACGACGAGGGCUCGACGACGGUGCUGUAUCGACGCCUCAUGUCCGAGGCGCUGCAGGUCUUCUUUCACGAGGUGCGCGACUCGCUGCGGCUGUACGGUCAGGCCGUGCUGGCGCUACGCAACGGCGGACUGCAGAGUUCAACCUCGAUGGUGCCGGCAACGCUGCGAUCGGUCACGGACAACGUGGUGGGCUUACAGGCCGCCUUUCAGCAGUUUCUCGCGGACUCGCUGCGUGGGGUGUCAUCGACGCCGCCGAUGGUCGAUCCGCGCGAGUUCCGUGGGCGAGCCGGCGCCUUCCUGUGGCAUCUCUAUCCAGUGCUGCUGCGCACGCAGGAGCCGGAGGAGGUAGGGUGGAUGAGCAGCAGCGACGGCACGUCGAGCGCGUUCACCACGGCCACCGGCGACGACGACGAGGCGGCCGUAGCCGCAUUCAAAGAGCAGCAUCACGCCCGCUGGCGCCGCAAAGGUGCGCAGCUGUCUGCGAUGCUGCGUGACACGGCCACGCGCAUGGAGUUGGUAUUGCAGAGCGCAGAGGAAAUGGAUCUGUUAUUCGCUUCUCCCGCAAAUGCGCACCGCAGCAACAGUGACGGUGAAGGCGCCUGGCAUGGGAGGGAUGACGACACCCUCGGUGGCUACGCGGGUACGCUGCAGCUCUUUGAGGAGGUCGUGUUCGAUGACGCGGCAGGGGCGCGCAUCGCAGGCCCCAUUACGGCGAGCGCACCUUCUGCGUUGGACACGUCGUGCUCGGUUCCCCCGCUGGACAGCGUGGCGAGUAAUUUCACGUCGCUUUACGAUGCCAGCGGCUUCUUUGUGCUGCAGCCGGAGCGGCAGCGCCUCUUCACCCGUCUCAUUCAGCAUCUCCGCCACGUCGUGAUGCGGGGCACGGCGGGCGCAGAGCUCGACAGUGCGUGUGUGGCGUCGCUGCGACGCGACACGCGGCUUUGGAUGCUGCUGUCGCACGGUGUGCUGCUGCAGCUGGAGCGGCGCGGACGCAUGGCGCGCGAAGACGAGGCGCUGCUGGUGACGGGGCUGCUGCCGCUGCUGUCGGCCCUCAGCCACCGUGCCUCCUACUCGACGGUGGAGGACAACCGGAGUCGACCUCCCAAACAACACAACGACGACGACGGAGGAAAGGAAGAGAAAGGGACUGACAGCGUGACGGGCGAUGCAGGGGCGUGGCCGGCGUGGGCCGAUCCGGCGGCCGCACAGGAUCUGCUUCUCCUCCUCGCCAGUGGUCUGCUGACGCUGCCGUGGAGCGUGGAGGAGCUCUAUGUGACGGUACAGCGACACACCGCGCUGUGCGCCCGAUACGGCCGGCAACCGUCGACCAGCGGCUCCGUGGCGCGCAUGGCUCGGUGGUUCGACGGCGGCACCCGCACCGCAGACGGCGUUACUUCGGCGUUGCGUGAUGUGCGCAGCGGCCCCGCAGCCACGCACGACAUGUGGAGCCUAUCGGGAGCGGUCCACUGCCCCUCCUCGCCUACCACUUCGGGUGCGGGGCACCGCGUCUCAGACGGCGCUGCCGCGAUGGUCGACCUCCCGGCGGUGUGUGCGCAGAUCGACGCCCAGCUGCGGCAACACGAUGCUUUUCUUCGUCAGCUCCGCAGCGGCGGCGGCACCGACGGCGACGGUGGAGUGCAACGAAGAGAAGCGAGUACAGCGGAUGACGUGUCUGCUGCGGGGUUGGGCGACGACGCAGUGGAGGGGUACAUUUCAGCCGCGCUGGACCGCCACGCACGCGUGACCGCCGCCUUCACCGUCGCCGCCGACGCCUACGGCCUGCUCAUCAUCGUCGGCGCCUACCGCACGCUCAGCCGCGCCUUCUACCGCCUCCGCGCAGCGCUGGAGGAGCAGCAGCGGAUGGCGCGGGAGGACGACACGGGCGAGUUUGUGGGCCGCGCUGCCACCUUCUGCACCUCCGACGACGUGGUUGUCUUCCGCGCCUUUAUGACAGUGGUGCACCGCUGCGUGUUUGCGGACCACUGUCAGCCGAUCGGUCUGCUGCGGCUGUGGCUCGGCUACGUGCAGCAGCUGUUCCUCUGCGUGGUUCCGUCGUCGUCUUCCUUGGCGAGUGGCGGCGGACAGACGCUAACGUUGAUGCCCGGCAGCUGGCAGCGCCGACAUCACGUCACGACGCUCUUCGGGGCGCGGGUGUACCGAACGGGGUGGCGGGCGCUGCAGCACGAUGGGGAGCCGUCCUCGCUCACGCGGCUGCGGGAGGCGUUAGGGGAGUGCCUGGCGGACCUUCUGCUGAUGCCGUUUUACGCGCCGGGCAGCGACCCCGAAAGCGAUACCGAAGCCACAACAGCGGCCGCCGCCACCGCAGCCACGCUGUCCAGCAUCCCAGACUCCGCAGACGACGAAGCAACGUCCGCGGCCGCCGCCUCGCCGCCGUUGUCGCGCGUGUCUGCCGUGCUGCAGCACACCCUUCCGCACGCCGUGUUAGAGGUGCUGUGCGAACUGCUCUCCGUCCCAGUUCAUGUCAGCGACCCCAGCACAGGCGCCGCACCCACGCCCGGCGCUUCCUUUGCGGAGGUGGGGGAGGCACGCGGGCGGGCCAUUGAAAAGAGUUUUCUCGGCUUGGCGGGCUUACUCGCCUUUCUCCGCCGCCUGGAGCUGCUGGUGGUGCCGGGAAGUCUGCGGCACCGCCGGCUGGAAUUCCUGCUGCGGUGCCUCCACGCCGCCGCCGAUGCCGCCGCCGUCGGAGUGUGA